AUGGGUUGUCAAGUUUGUAAAAAAUCCACAGUCAACGAAACAACAAUAAAAAAAACUGAUUAUAACGGUCAUUUAAAAAAAUAUCAAAUAAAUGAUUCUACAAAUGAUAAUACUACAGAAAAACCAACUAUUCCAAUAAACGUUACAGUAGAUGAUGACAGGAUUAUAACUCGGCCUACUGAUACAAACGAUCAUAUUGAAAUUCAAAUUGUUGAUUCACAAGCAUUCAACGAAUCAUUUAUUCAACAACGUCAACAAGCUAUUAACAAUCGUUCUUAUCAAUCAACUAUCGAAUCAUGGCGACCAAAAUCUCUACAACAACUUACUGAAACUAUUAAAACAUUUUCAAAAGGAAAAUCUUUAAUUGAUCAUCAUUGGAUUAUUUUCUAUUGGAUUGCAUGUAACAUUGAAUAUGAUACUGUAUCAUAUUUUAGCGGCAAAUAUGGUGAUCAAACUGCAGAAGGAGUGUUUCAAGCAAAGAAAGGGGUUUGUGCUGGCUAUGCUAAUCUAUAUAAAUACCUAUGUGAUCAAUUAGAAAUGCCAUGUGAAGUCGUCAGUGGAUAUGCAAAAGGUUAUGGAUUUGAAAGUCGUACUGAUGCUCCUAGUAAAACAGAUCAUGCUUGGAAUGCUGUUGAGAUUGAUCGUCAUUGGUAUUUAAUGGAUUCAACAUGGGGUGCUGGACAUUUAGAUGAUGCAAAAGAAUUUAAACGUGAAUUAUCAUCAUAUUAUUUUCUUCCACGUCCAAAUGAAAUGAUUUAUCAUCAUUUACCUGAAAAUGAAAAAUGGCAAUUAUUACGAACUCCAAUAAAAAUGACACAAUAUUUACAAAUGCCUCAUCUUCGUCCACUUUACUUUGAUUUACAUAUUGAAUUAGUUAGUCCACGUAAUCAAGCUUAUGUCGAUCUUCUUCCUGACAAAUCAUAUGCAUUAGUUCUUGUACGAACACCAUCUGAUGUGGAUCUUAUAGCAAAUUUUCGAUUACAAGGUCAAGAAAUCGGCGGUGGUCAUCAUGUUAUCUUUGACGAUCAAAAGCAAUUGUACAAUUGUUGUUUCGCUCCACCUCACACUGGUAACUAUAAUAUAACAGUUUAUGCAAGAAAAACCGCUGCGAAUGAUAUCAAAUACCAUGAAGUAUUUGAUUUCACCUUAGAUGUCAAGCGAAUGCCUCUAAAUCCAAUAAGUUUUCCAAAAACAUGGAAGAAAUUUUUCGACUUGGGUUUAGAGGUUAUCUCUCCUCAAAAUACACAUCUAGUUAAACUUAAUAAUGGAGCUGGUCAUACACAAAUUCUUAUAAAAACACCAGAAAACGUUGAACUUUUGGGACGUCUUGUGGACGAACAAAAACAAGAAGUCCGCGGUGGCUAUCAAGUAUAUUAUGAUCGGCGAAAAAAUAUUUGGCAAUGCAAGUUUGCACCUGAUCGAGAUGGUCUUUUCGAAACACUUAUUAUGGCUAAGAAAAAAUCUGAUCCUGAAAGUUAUACAUCUGCUGUAGCAUUUAAAAUUGAAGCAAGACAAAUUCCUUCACCACCUCUAUCUUAUCCUCAUACGUGGCCACUUUUUUAUGAUCUUGGUCUCAAAAUUGAAGCACCACGAAAUCGUUCAAAUGUUAUUUGGGCUGAUAAUGCGUCAUAUGCUGAAGUUCUUAUACAAGCAUCCGAUGAUGUUCAACUUUCGUGCGAUAUCAAAUAUAAUAAUGUUAAAAUAGAAAAUGGAUCAUUAGCUCAAUAUAAUAAUGAUAAAAAACGUUGGCAACUUUUAUUUGCACCUGAACGAACAGGUCUACAUGAACUUACUGUUUAUGCUAAAAGAAAUAAUGAUAAUGAAUCUUCAUCGAGAUCUGUUGUUCGAUUCGAUCUUGAUGUUAAUAAACUUCGACGACCAAUGAAAUUUCCUUUGAUUUAUAGUCAAUUUCAAACUAAAAAAUGUCAAAUUUAUACACCACUUGAUGGAGUAUUAAAGAAAGGUUCUAUUGUUCCAAUUCAUUGUAUCGUUCCAGGUGCAACGGAGGUCAAGUUGACCGUAGACUCGCAAUGGCUCAACAGUGAAGGUUACACAGAUCCAACUCUACAAAGACAAAUUACUGUUGGUUCGAAAGAAGUAAUUAUCUAUGCCAAAUACAAACAAAAAUCAAAUUACAAUGGCCUGGUCAAAUAUACUGUUCAAUGA